AUGAAAAAUAUUGAUCGCAAGAAAAACAUAUUCAAACUCUCACAAGGAGAAUAUAUUGAUGUUGAAAAUCUUGAGAAUGUAUUUGGACUUUUUUCUGAUCUUGAUUUGGUGUGUCUUGUUGCUGUUGCGAAUCCAAAUCAGAAAGCAAUUGAGCAUUUUACUGAAGCAUAUAACAUUUCUGGGGAUUUUGAAGCUUUAUGUGAAAAUCCCAAAAUUAAAGAAUAUGUAUUGGGAGAGCUCCCUAAAGUUGGAAAAGAAAACAAGUUGGAAGGUUUUGAAUUUGGGAAAGCGAUCCACCUUGACCCUGUUACUUUCAUAGUGAUAAUGAAAGUUGUUACGGGAGCUUUAGAUAUGGUGACCUUUGGUGCUAAGAACACCAUACCUAUGAAUUUUCAACAGAGGAAAAUAUAUGAACACAAUGAACAGGUAACAAGUGAUCCUUAUGUGGUUUUGCAAUUGGAUAGUCAGAUUGUGAAAAAGCAAUGUUAA